CUGCUGCUCUGCUCAACAUUACUCCUGUAGAACUCGUCAGGCAUGCGGACUUUUCUGGGGGAAAUAUCAAGGAAGAGUUACAUUGCUUCUGUUCAGAACCUUACAGACAUUUGGAUAAGUUUGCAGAUUGACAACUAAAACACAAACGGGACUCAGAGACUCAGUAGAUUGAUCAAACCUGUGAAAGUGAAAGUACAGAUUGUCAACCAGUCAUAACCAGAGGGAAACUUUUACUUGGAUUGCAUUUAUUCUUUGAAAAUGGCCUCUAAACUAGAAGAGGAGAUAUCUUGUCCUGUGUGCACGGAGAUCUUCAAGGAUCCUGUCAUCCUGACCUGUAGUCACAGUGUGUGUAGAGUCUGUCUGCAGCAGUUCUGGGACACCAAAGGAUCCAGAGAAUGUCCGGUCUGCAGGAAUACAUCGCUGAAAGAUUCUCCCCUCCCAAAUCUGACUUUAAAGAACCUCUGUGAGGUUUACUUACAAGAGAGAGAUCAUACGGACGCACUCUGCAAAGAGCACAAAAGAAAACUGGAGCUCUUCUGCCAAGACGACAAACAGCUUGUGUGCCUGCUGUGUCUGUGCUCAAAAUUACACAAACAUCACAACUUCAGUCCUACUGUGGAAGCUGCCUGUGAGAUGAAGGAGGAGCUCAAGAACAAGCUGCAGCCUCUACAGGAGAAGCUGGAGGAGUUUGAGGAAGCUAAAGUGACCUGUGAUGAAACAGCUGAGUAUAUUAAGACUCAAGCCCAGAACACAGAAAAGCAGAUCAAGGAGGAGUUUGAGAAGCUUCACCAGUUUCUACAAGAUGAAGAGGCAGCCAGGAUUGCUGCACUGAGGGAGGAAGAGGAGCAGAAGAGUCAGAUGAUGAAGGAGAAGAUUGAGAAGAUGAGCAGAGAGAUCUCAUCUCUUUCAGACUCAAUCAGAGACAUAGAAGAGAAGAUGGGAGCUGAUGACAUCACAUUCCUGCAGAACUACAAGAGCACAGUGGAAAGAGCCCAGUGCACACUGCAGGAUCCAGAGAGGGUUUCAGGAGCUCUGAUCAAUGUGGCAAAGCACCUGGGCAACCUGAAGUUCAGAGUCUGGGAGAAGAUGCAGGAGAUUGUUCAGUACACUCCUGUGACUCUGGAUCCCAACACUGCACACCCAAUACUCAUCCUGUCUGAGGAUCUGACCAGUGUGAGAUGGGGUGAUGAGAAGCAGCGGCUUCCUGAUAACCCAGAGAGAUUUGAUCACUUUGCCAGUGUCCUGGGCUCUGAGGGCUUUAACUCAGGGACUCACUGCUGGGAUGUGGAGGUUGGAGAGAGCACAUGGUGGGAGGUGGGUGUGAUGGCAGAGUCGGCCCAGAGGAAGGGAGAGUAUGAUGAUGUGAGUGGAGAGUGGUGUGUGUGGUAUAAAGAUGGUAAAUAUAGAGCACGUGCUCCAGCACAGCCCUCCACUCUCCUCACAGUGCAGCAGAAACUCCAGAGGAUCAGAGUGCAGCUGGACUGGGACAGAGGAGAGCUGUCAUUCUCUGACCCUGAUAACAACACACACCUACACACUCUCACACACACUUUCACUGAGAGAGUGUUUCCAUACUUUAAUGGUGGUAGGGCGUCUCCUCUGAGUAUUGUAGCAGUGAAGGCCUCUGUGUCAGUAGAGCAGCCCAGUUAGAGCAGAAACUGUCUCUGUCUGAACAAGAGCCCACAUGCAGAGAUGGAUGGAGACAUGUGGGGUUCAGUCAUGAGUCACUCACACAGUAACUGCAGUCAAUCUGAUAUCUGACCUGUGAGGCAUCGUUUUCUGGCUACUUUAAUUUAGUUCAGAAUUGAAUUGUCUGAUGUUCUAUGUUGAGUAUCCUCUAAAAUAAGAUGCCAUUUAUUACACUAUCCUGGUAUUUCUACAUUGCCCAUGUCUCUAUACAAGCACAUAAAAAAAAUAAAAAAAAUCAGUUCAAUAAAUCAUGUGGACAUUU